AUGGACGGACUACGAACCAACAACUUCCAGCCCGUCAUGGCUGACGAUACUGCCCACUCCCAAUUCAACCCAGAGCGCCGCAGGUCCGGGCCGUUGAAGGAGAUCAUUGCUCAACAGGACAGUCUCUACAAAUACAUCAGCUGGGAGGACCCAGCUCGCACCAUCGGAUCUUACUUUGCCGCAUUGGGCUUUUUGCUUGCCGUUCACCAUCUUCACCUUACUCAAUACGCUCUUAAGACUAGCGCAAUUGGCCUCGGAGUUAUGUCCCUUGCCGAGUUCGCUGGUCGAUCAUUCGGCCCUGACAACUUCGUAUCCCGCCUUCGACCUCGACAGUACAAGACCGUCCCCGAGUCAACACUCAACGCUACUCUGAAGGACGUCCACGACUUCACUCAAUAUGCCGUUGUCCAGAUCCAGAGAAUUCUGCUUGCUGAAGACUUAGAGAAAACCUUUGGCGCUUUCCUUCUGACCACCUCGCUCUACUUCCUCUGCCAGUUCAUGACACCCUUCGGAAUUACCAUCUUGGGUCUUACCACAAUCUACAUCGUCCCUCUCGUCACUUCACCACGAGGCCGAGGCAUUGCCCGCGAUGGCGUGGCUCGUGCCCAGGAGAUUAGCAGCGCAGCUGUUGACCAAGCCAGCACCAUUGCCCAGAACGGCAAGACCACUGCUUCCAACCUCGCUGCUCAGGCACAAGAUGCUGCCUCCAACCUUUCCACCAACGCUCAAGACACUGCCUCAAACUUGACAUCCCGUGCUCAAGACACUGCUUCCAACUUGACUUCCCGUGCGCAGGAUACCGCUGGAGACUUGAGACGCCGAGCUGUCAACAUGGUUCCCGGUAACAACCAGAGCAACACUGAGACCCGACCCGAGCAUGUCAGCGAUGUUACUUCCAGCGUUCCUCACAGCUCUUCUGGACCCACCCAGGCCAAGGACGUCUCAUCCAAGUUCCCUCAAUCCGACAUGUCGUUCGCUGAGUCUAAGGACAAGGCUUCCAAGGCCUCCCACGGUUCAUCCGAUAACUAUCAGACACUCCCCAAGACUAGCUUCAACCCUGACAUCCAGUCUUCUUCGUCCGGAUUCUCUGAGGCUGCUGUCGAGCCAAUCCCCAGCCACUCGCACAACACUUUCAGCCACGGUAACUCAGAUAACUUCUCUUCUGUUCCUUCCGUUCCCUCAAUGGAGCAGAACACCCCCGGCUUCUCCCAAGACAGAAAGCCCCUCAACUAUUCUCAGUUCCCUCACACUUCAACUGGUGCGUCUGGGAUCCCUGGAACUCAAGUCCCUGGCGGUAAGAAGCCUUCCAUCGAUGAGACCAACUACUCCCUCCAGAACCGAAUGGGUCAGGACUCCUCUUACCAGAACUUCGUCCCUCGCGAGGCUGCCAACAGGGGAAACCUCAGCACUAGCGCUGAUACAUCGAUGGGCAAGAUGCCCAUUGGUGAGUUGAUUGAUGAGAAGCAGAAGGCUGGCGAUAAGGCUCCGCCUAUUUCUGGUGGUGGCCUCAACGCCAUGAACUAG